GGCAAAAUCUUGAAAAUGACAUGAAGAUGAAUCUGGAAUGCAGUCAAAUAAAACUAAAGAUAGAACGCAAGGCAUCGUUACUCGAUCAUUUUUGCGGAGUUAAUGUGUUUCCAUGUGUUUGAAAUAAAAUGUAUGUUAACCCAGAAUGUCAUUCAAUUUUUACUACGUUUUCUUAGUUUACAGGAAUUUCUACAAACUUGCACACAUUUUUGUUUUUGCCGCUCGGGGAAAUGCGGAAAUGAAUAUUUACUUCCGGUAUGCGCGGAAAAAGCGAAGACUAUGGAUGUGUUUGUGGAAGAAGAAAAAAAUCUGAAAUGUUGUUUUAAUUUCUGACACAAGACGUUCAAUUGCUAUUCGACUGUUAGUGUUAUGCUACAAGGCCAGAUUCAUGGAAGAAAACUGUCCAGAAGACAUUACUUAAAUGGGUUCUUCAGUGCCAUAAAUUAUGUGUACCGCCGUGAGCGUAAACAACUCGCCUCGGCCUGUCAGUUGUGCUUCCAAAACAUAUGAUUAUUUAUUGAAAUUUUUAUUGGUUGGUGAUAGUGAUGUCGGGAAAGAAGAACUGCUGUCCGGUAUGGACGAUGGGGCCUCUGAAUCUCCUUAUGGAUAUUCAAGCAGUGGUAUUGACUACAAAACAACAACCAUACUUUUGGAUGGCAAGCGAGUUAAACUGCAAUUGUGGGAUGCAUCAGGACAGGGCCGGUUCUGCACAAUACUGAGAUCAUACUCUAGAGGAGCUCAGGGCAUUCUUCUGGUGUAUGAUAUCACAAACAGGUGGUCAUUCGAUGGAAUAAAUAGAUGGAUUAAAGAAAUUGAUGAGCAUGCACCUGGAGUGCCAAAGAUCCUGGUUGGAAACCGGCUGCAUCUUGCUUUCAAACGUCAGAUCAGUGAAUCUGCCGCAGAGGCAUACGCUCUAAAGAAUGACAUGGCUUUCUUCGAAGUUAGUCCGCUCUGUGAUUUUAAUGUGACUGAAUCAUUUGCAGAGUUGUCCAGGCUGGCACUGAAAAGGAAUGGAAUAAGUCGUGCUUGGGGUCACAAUAAAGUGUUAAGUCUUCAAGAACUUGCCUGCAGGAUGGUGGUAUCGAGUACGACGAUAUACGGGAUCGAGCAGCUCCCACUGCCAUGUGCGUUGAAAUCCCACCUCAAGUCGUAUGCCCUCACCAACAAGACGAGAGCCAGAAUGCUCAGUUUCGUACAUCGGGACAAACACAAAAAAGUCAAGUAUUUGAAUCCGUGCGAUUCACCACCUAUGAACUGUCGAAAGAGCUGCAUCAUUAGCUAGCAGUGCGAUUAAUGUCUGCCUUUAUGUUGGGAGAAAAAAUAUAUUGAAUAAACAUUGAUAGAC